AUGAAGUCUUUCUCUAUUCUCUCCGUGGCCAUGGCCGCGCUGGUUUCCAACGUUUCUGCCGCUGGCGUGACCGGCACCCCCGAGGGUUUCGCCUCUGAGGCCACCGGUGGUGGAAGCGCCGAGGGAGCCUACCCCAAGUCUACCGAUGAGCUGGUCUCUAUGCUUGGCGACUCUACCACUCGUGUCAUCUUCCUCGACCAGGAGUUCGACUUCACCGGAACCGAGGGAACUGCCUCCGAGCAGGGUUGUGCCCCUUGGGGUACCGGCGCUGGUUGCCAGACUGCCAUUAACAAGGACGACUGGUGCAACAACUACCAGCCUGAUGCCCCCAAGGUUGACGUUUCCUACGAUAAGGCUGGUCUCGACCCUAUCAUUGUCAACUCUGACAAGUCCAUUGUUGGUAUCGGUGCCAACGGUGUCAUCAAGGGCAAGGGUCUCUACAUCAAGGGAACCAAGAACAUCAUCAUCCAGAACAUCCACAUCACCGAAUUGAACCCUCAGUACGUCUGGGGUGGUGAUGCCGUGACUCUUGAUGGUGCUGAUCUCGUCUGGAUUGAUCACGUUACCACCUCCAAGAUCGGCCGUCAGCACAUCGUCCUCGGAACCAACGCCGAUAACCGAGUUUCCAUCACCAACUCUCACAUUGACGGUGACGGCGAGUAUUCUGCUACCUGCGACGGUCACCAGUACUGGUCCAUGUACUUCACCGGUUCCAGCGACAUGAUCACCUUCAAGAACAACUACAUCACCAAGACCUCUGGCCGAGCCCCCAAGGUCGCCGGCAACACCGUUCUCCACGCCGUCAACAACUACUGGCAGGACAACUCUGGCCACGCCUUCGAGACCAGCGACGAGGCCAAGAUCGUCGCCGAGGGCAACCUGUUCCAGGAUGUCAAGGCUGCUAUCGAGGAGGGUUCCACCGGCGCGAUCUUUUCCAGCCCCGAUGCUUCCGCCAACGCUGCCUGCUCCAGCGGCCUCGGCCACGUCUGCGAGGUCAACAAGUACGACAACUCUGGUGCCCUCUCCGGUACUGACUCUAGCUUCUUCAGCUCCUUCGACGGUAAGGCUGCUGAGGCCAAGCCCGUUUCCGACAUCACUGGCCUUGCUACCAGCGCUGGUUUCGGCACCAUCUAA